AUGGCCGCUUCUGCCGUCAUUGCCAGUUGUUGCUCCGUUGUCGAUCCUCGAAACCUAAUUAAAGACAUUCUUGGUUUAAGCAGUUUACCAAGUUACCAAACACGAAUUGAAAACAUAGAAGCUUAUCCAUGGACCAUCAGUAAUAAAUAUUACACAGCAGAUGUUGAAUUAUGUUAUCCACCUCGGAAGACACUCGGCAACGAAGAAUUUGCAGACUCUGUUCAAGCAGUUGUCAUAGCGUUUGAAAACAAGCAAGGUAGUUUUGACGAGGUAAAAACAUGGCUGCCAUUUGUAGAAGCAUGGAAUCCUGAAGUUCGAAUUCUGGCAUGUCAUCAGUUCCAAGACCAAGGCAUAUCAAGGCAUGACAUACUAUUAUGGUGUAUUGAUAAUGAGUUUGAAUUAGUUGAAUUAAACACAGAACGUGAAGAAGAUGAUGAUGAUGAGGAAUAUGAUAUAUGUGGAUUGAAGAGAAUAAUUUCAGCUUUACAUGCUCACACAUGGCCAAAUCUUGUGAUGAAAGAUAGGCCUGGCCUAGGUCCACUUGACCUUCUAAGCUUUGGAGGAAGUCCACUCAGUCACAGAGCGCCUCUUCCUGAUAAUUCAGAGGAAGCGGAAGAGAUCCCAGCAUGUGGUGAAAAGGCUGAGACUGAAACUCAAGAACGAGCCAAUAAAACAGAUGAUGCUGAUCCUGAGGAAGUCGUCACUUCAAAAAAUAAAAAUUUGGAGAAAAACAAACCUGAAAGUAAUUUACAUGAUAGUGAACAAAAUGAACAUGAUAAUGACACAAGUGAAAAAAUGGAGAAAGCUGACUGUGAACCGAUGGAAAAAGUGAAACCUGACGAUAGUUCAGCGUCAAAUGUAUCACAGGGUGCAAGAAAAAAAGAAAAGCAAGCAAGUCAUACAGAAAUGAUAGAUGAUUUGCUUGGUGAUGAUGAGAGGAGAUUAUAUGAAGCGUUAGGAAGCGAAGACCCUGGUGAUACGUCAUUUGAACAGAUGUUCUCGCAGUUUUUAAAGAUGAAAGAAACUGCAGAAACAUUACCACCUGAUGAAAAGAAGGCAUAUGCAGAGAAAGUAACCAUUGCAUUUUGGAAAGCUGUAGGAGGCGCUGAUGAGGAGAUUGAAGGGCUUUCAUCUGAUUCAGAUGACAGUUGA